AUGGCUAAAGAUCAACAAAAUGAUGAGGAUCGAAUUAGCGACCCAAGGUUUGCUAAGGUCCAGAACGACCCAAAGUUUAGAGACACCAAGGCCAAAAAGUUUAAAAUCAAGGUCGAUGACAGAUUCAGCAAGAAAGAUCUGGAAGUCAAGAGGAAGGCAAAAGUAGAUAAGUAUGGCCGUAAGAUAGACAAGGUUGAUAACAGUGAGUCGAGAGAUUUCGAUAGAUUUUUCGAAAGAGAUGAUAGUGAGAACGCUGAUGUGAAAUUGUCUGAUGAUAAUUCUGGAGAUGAAGCUAAAAUUUCGCCUCUAUCGGUGGACAGGGCUCGUGGAGACGUUCCCAGCGACUAUGUGUCCUCAUCUGACGAAGCCUUCACUUCUUCGGAUUCUGAGGAAGACUCUGAAGACAGUGAGGCAGAGAGUGACGAAGAAUUGGGAGUGGAGCCUGAAAAUGCUCGACCAGCUAGUGGUGACAGCUCAAAAACUCUUGCAGUGGUAAAUUUGGACUGGGAUCACGUUCAGGCAGCUGACUUGAUGGUUACGUUCAGCAGCUUUGUGCCACAAGGCGGCAACAUUACGAAGAUUGCAGUGUAUCCAAGUGAAUUCGGGAAAGAGCGCAUGGCGCGGGAAGAGAAAGAAGGUCCACCACGUGAAGUUUUCGCUUCGAAGAAAAAGAGUUCUAAGCGUGGAAAUGACGAUGCUCAUGAUAACGGCGACGUGAAUGUCAGCUUGAAAGAUCUAUACGAAGAAGGAGACGCCGAGGCCGAUUUUGAUGGCAAAUCUCUUCGCCGUUAUCAACUUGAAAGACUUCGCUACUAUUAUGCGGUUGUAUACUGCAGCGACGUCAAGACAGCAGAGGCUAUUUACAAGAACUGCGAUGGGACAGAGUACGAAUCUACUGCGAAUCUCUUUGAUUUGCGGUAUGUACCAGACGGAAUGGAUUUCACAGAUAAGCCUCGUGACGAAUGUGACCAACGCCCUUCAAAUUACAAGCCCUCGCAGUUCAGUACUGAUGCCCUACAACACUCGAAAGUAAAGCUUACAUGGGACGAGACCCCGGCGCAAAGAUUGGAAAUGUCCAAGAGGGCCUUUUCCCAAAAGGAACUGGAAGAUAUGGAUUUUAAAGCAUACCUGGCGUCUGACAGCGAAGAAUCGGAGAACGAGAAGGAGAACAAUAUUCGUGAGAAACUCAAAGGUUUGGUUCAGCAAUCAACUCAGAUAGGAGAUCGCAACCUUUUCGAGGACCGUAAGGAUGACGGUGCUAGUGACGUCGAUAUGGAAGUCACAUUCGCUCCUGGUCUGAGCGAAGCUAAGGUGACCGAAGAAGGAAGGGAUAAAGAAGAAGAGAGCACAAUCCAGAAGAUCAAACGCAAAGAGAAGGAACGUCGUAAGAAGAGAAAAGACAGGGUAAAAGAGCUAAAAAAACAGGCUGAAGAAGAAAAGAAGACCAAAUCGAAGGCCUCUAAGAAGAUCGAUUCAGUCAGGGAUGCCAAAUCAAGAGCUGAGCUCGAGCUCCUGAUGAUGGAGGAUGAUGAAAACCAAGGCUCGGCGAUAAAUUCUAAAGCGCAUUUCAACAUGAAUGAAAUUCUCAAGUCUGAGAAGGAGAAGAAGAAGAAGUCAAAGUAUCAGAAUAAAAAUAAGAUUGUCGAGGAUGAAUUCAAGCCAGAUCUCAAAGACGAGCGGUUUGCUGAAAUGUUCGAGGAUCGUGAUUUCGCAAUAGAUCCAUCUCAACCAGAAUUCAAAGACACUGCCGCCAUGAAAAAGAUUCUUGAGGAAAGAACAAAGAGGGCUUCGGCUAAAAGACACAAGAGGAAAAAUGGUUCUUUCGAAAAGCGGACCAAAUCAAAUGACGGUGUCAAGGUUAAUGAUCUUGUCGAGAGAAUUAAAAAAAGCAGCAAGAAAAGGAAAACUCAAAAGUCAUAA